GCGCGGACACCGGUGCCGCCAUCAUGGCGGCUUGAGGCGCGGCGGGUUCGGCGCCGGGAGCGGCGGGACGGGAGGCCGGGAGCGGAGAGAUUGAAAACCUAGAAUGGCAGGAGAACAGAAGCCAUCCUGCAAUCUUCUAGAGCAGUUCAUUUUACUAGCCAAAGGAACAAGUGGCUCAGCUCUGACUGCUCUUAUAAAUCAAGUGCUGGAAGCUCCUGGGGUUUAUGUCUUUGGAGAGCUGUUGGAGUUAACAAAUGUGAAAGAGCUUGCUGAGGGGUCUAACGCUGCUUAUUUCCAGCUGCUGAACCUGUUUGCAUACGGAACCUACCGGGACUAUGUGGCAAACAAAGAUAACCUGCCUGAAUUAACAGUGACUCAGAAAAACAAGCUGAAACACUUGACGAUCGUAAGCCUGGCUUCCCGAAUGAAGUGCAUUCCCUAUUCUGUGUUGCUGAAGGACCUGGAUAUGAGGAAUCUGAGGGAGCUGGAAGAUCUCAUUAUUGAAGCAGUUUACACAGAUAUUAUCCAAGGGAAGCUGGAUCAGCGAAACCAGGUGUUAGAGGUGGAUUUUUGUAUUGGCAGAGACAUUCAGAAGAAGGACAUCAGUAACAUUGUCAAAACACUCCAGGAAUGGUGUGAUGGCUGUGAAGCAGUUCUUUUAGGAAUUGAGCAGCAAGUACUUAGAGCCAACCAGUACAAAGAGAACCACCACCGAACUCAGCAGCAGGUAGAGAUGGAGAGUUUUUAGGAAUAUGUCAUUGUUUCAUUCUGCUCCAUGACGAAGGUCCGUGUCUCUCAGGGACUGUUGACAUUUUGCUGAUAGCUCCUCAAGUUUGGCCCUCCCACAGAGCUCCCAGAGGUAAGUGAUUGUAAAGAGAGUGUGUGUUUACCCCCUAGCCUGGGCUGACCCUGCCUCUUGGCAUCCCUGUGGUGCUACUCCCCUCUCCAGUGGGUCAGCCAGGCAAAGGAAUGGGCAGCACUUUUUCUUCCUGUCUGAAUCUACAGGCACGGAGGCUUCUUUGUGCAGUGUGUGCAUCUCAUGACAUGCCCUACUGCAAACUGCCUCAGUGUGGUAGCUGUGACCACAGUUUUUUCUUGUUGAUAGGAAGAGAUGUCCCUGCUCUAGUGAAUAUGCAUACAUACCCACUGGAAAUUCCAGGCAGUAAUGGGAUGCCACAAGGUCAUUUAACAGUCCUCACAUAUAUAUUUCCCCACAGCACACAAAAUAAUUCGUGCCAGUAGUCCUUGCUUGCUCUAAUUCUAGUAGGAGAUGGCACACACUUCCACAUCUCCAGAUCUCCAAAGAGCCUUUGGAAUCUGUAUCAUUUGGGUGUUUUUGAAAUGUUUUUGAAAGUCACACAUGAUAGCUCUGUGUUUCCAUAAGAGCUGAUUGGGGUGGGUAAGCAAAGCCUCAUUCCAUCAGGGAUCAGCCUCAUUGUGAGUAUUUGGGGCUUGUCUGACCAUAGGCUGUAUUUUCAUGGGUAUGAGGUUUGCAAGUAGUGUUCUCCUGCCCUCCAGAUUCUUCCCAAAGAUGCUGUUUAUCUCACCAGCCCUCAUGUUCCACUCACGGUCUCAUGAUCAGCACAGUCCUAAGGCUGCUCUGUGCUGAUGCAGUAAGUAACGUCUCGGUGUUUCAUUGUCACCUUCGCAGCUGUUAGAGAGCACCAGUUCCUUCAGGAUCACCUGCCAGCUGUGAUGCUGUACUUUUUACAUCACGACUCGGAGAUGACACCUCUCCUUGCUGGCAGACAAGCCAGGUGGGUAGGCAUUGCUCCUCAGAGCUGUUCUGCAUCUCAGGAGGUGCAGGCUGUAGCCUGGCUUAGCAUAAAGGAAAUCAAGGACAAGGACAGUGUUGUAAAUAAGGGGCAAAGCACAGAACUGUGUCCUCUUCCAGCUCUGCUGCAGCUGCAGAGAGCAACCUUGGGCAGAUCAGUUCCUCUGCAGCUGCAUUUCCCAGGACAGCCUUGCUCCUACCUGCUGACUUGUGACAGGGUUUUGGUCUCCUGGCUGGGCAGAGGUUGGUUGUGAUGGAGUUGAAGAUGUGUGUGUGUGGUAGGGGGGAAAUCUUAACACCUUUUAAGCUUUUCCAGGAAUCGUCUUCAUUUUAAAUAGCACACCCUUCUUUUCCCCUGAUUCAGAUAAGGUGGUCCAUUGUGGGACUAUCAGCCUGGAAUAUUAUGGGUAAUAUACCAGGUUAAUUAUGGAGGGGGCAGGAAAAAUAGCCUGUGCAGUUUUCAACAAUAUCAAAGGGAUGCUACCUAAUGAUUUUCCUAUUAGCUCUUUUCCCAUCCUGCCAGAGUCGCUGCAGAAGUGUCAUUUACAAAGGCAGUUUGCAACUCAUUACCCUGGAUUUUCACUGUAGUUCUGCUCCAGAGAGCGUGGGCUUUUGCUGCGUGCCCCAACCUAAUGAAUUGCCUGAUUCAGUUAGUGCUGCCAUCCCUCCUGACAAGGUUAGUUGCUGACUGACAGGAAGGGGCCUGAAUUCAAUUCCCUUCUUGUUUUUAACUCAUGCUUGUGUCAGGUGCAGGCUCCCUCUGGAAGUCGCCCUGUGAUCCCUUCCCUUUGUUUUUCUGCCUUCUGAGGGAAGCAGCCCAUGCUUGGAGAAGUCAUGGAGCAAGUGGCAGGGGCAUGUUUGUUGCUGCCCCUGGCAGUCCCUGCUCCAUGCCUGAAGUCCCUUUCCAGAUGGAAAAUUCCUUUGCUCUCUUGCUUUGGGACUCCAGGUUUCUCUUUUUCUUCAUUGCUUUGGGAUUUGCUGUCACCAGAGCUGGGCUUUGUAACCCUUCAGCAAUAAGUACCUGGGAAGAGUUGCAUGAAUGGUACCAGGGAAAAACAUGGAAUAUGGGCUGGGGGAACAGAACAGAUUUCCCACAACAUUAGAAGACAACAGUGCCCCUGCUGUGAGUGUUCCAACGUCUGCUCCAACCUGUUUGGGCUUUGCCAGGCACUUGUACUACAGCACUGGAGGAAGCUCUUUGUCCUUUUCCACUAGAUUUUUCAGGCUGGGGGCUGAUGGCUCAACUCCUGCUAGGAAUUGCUCCUGGAGAGGAGAAAUCAAGGCUGUUUCUAUGUCAUGUCACAAGUGUUCCCAUUUGGAAACUGAAUUGGCUACUCCUCAUCCAGCUGGUAGUGCAGAAAAUGUGUAGGUUCCAUGAGUGCUAAUUUGACCUGAGUAUGGACAGGGAACCCUGGGACUCCUUCUCCCCUCACUUCCAGGUGUGUGUACACACCUCUGCUAAAGGCCAUUCUCUGAGACUAUGGUUGAGAUAUCAGAUGCCACCUCCUGAGGCUGCACCUUGCAUCCAGAACAACUAUUGUUCACUUAUGCUGUCUAGGCUGGGAUGUAGCAGGGGAGUUUCCCAGGGCUGGCCAUGGAUCCUUUCAUGGGAUGUUGUAAGGAUCUGACCUAGCUGGCCAUCAGGGGAGGCAGUGAUGCGAGAUGAGUUUGGUUUUGCUGCAUAAGAUGCCUCCUUGCCUCUUAAUCACAUUCCUGUGGCCCCUCUUUCUUGCUGCCCUUGUUUUCUACUGAGCCCCUGUCAGAGACCCAGUUGUGGCCAUUUCGGGUGAUUGCUGUGUUCUAAUGAGCCAUUUCUGAUUUCCAUUCUUGCUUGUCCAGUGAAGCAGGAAGGUGCUCAUCACUGCUGAGAACUGACCUCUGCUGGCAGUGCCACUCUCUGCCUGUCAGACCCACUGCUCUGGCUGUGCCACGGAGGGGCUGAGGUUGAGUGGAUCUGAGCUUUCCUGAGUGUUCUUUCGCCCCUGAGUGCUGCCUUCUCUCUUGCACAUCAUCACCACACAUGGGCACAAUAUUCCCAUCCUGCUGGUGGGCAUCCACAUCCUAAGGGACAGGUGGCUCCCUGGUCAGACCAGAAGCAGGAAAGUGAGGAACCAAGCUGUUAUCCUCUCCCUCUGCACCAGGAGCUGUAGCUCUUGAUUGCUCUUCUCUGCCGAGCUAAUGGCCUUUUGCUGUACAGCUUUGCCCUUUUCCUUGGGCUUGCUUUUUCCCAGGAAGCCCAGUGGAUGGAAGGGACCCAUGCUGUGGGCUGUGCUUUUAUUCUUGGACAGUGCUGCCGAGGAGAAACAGGAAUCCAGACUGUACAUGACCCCAGGCUGUGAUCUUCAAUCUCCCAAUCUUAUCUCAGGUUCUGCCUCACUAAUGUGGUAAAAUUGUGUGGAUUGAAUUCCUGAGGCUGAGUCCCUGCUGCUGUGUUGAGGACAGCCCCUCUGUCAUUAGGCAGGUGGUUUUAUUUCAGCUCUGGCUUGAAGCAAAAAGCCAAAACUGGAAGGAGAAUUGUCUCCACCUUGGUCCCAGCAUGUCACUCUAUCAUGGUCACUACUCUGGCUUCAUGCUCAAGGACCAGGACUCUGAGCAGGACCUGCAGCACCACCUUCUUACACCUCUGUUCAGACCUGGCUGUGCAAGGUCUGCACAGUGAGCGAUUCCUGUUGUCCUGUGUAGGUUUCCUGGGUGACAGCGGACAGUCCCCUUUAAUGGGCAUCUCUUUAGGAGCUCCUGAUACAGCCCCUCCUUCCCUCUAAAGAUGUGUGGAGCUGGAAGGGUGACCUUCACAGGUGUAUUUGCCUUACAGAGCCCUGACAGUAGGUUGCCAUUCCCUAUGGGAGCUGCCACUUGCCCAUACUGCCUCCCUCCCUGCCAGGGUCUUGAUUUUGUUCCCCAUAGGCAACAUGUUGUGUGAUCCAUCAGCUGCUGCUCCCCGUCCAGCUGGGUCCUGUGGGCACUGCGAGGUGGGUACCUGUCUCUGACGGAGGCCGUGCUCAUGCGAGGUCAGAAACGUCCCCUGUGCGCUCCUAACCUGAUGAUUGAGCUGUCGGGUGUCGGGAUGAAUCCUCUUGUUCUGUGCACCCAGUGUUCUGUCAGAGCUGGGGUGAGUCUGGCUGGAGGUUUCUAUGGUUUCCUGGUGGUUGCUAAGGAAAAGGAUCGCUUUGCCUCUGGGUCUUGGUGACUUUCUCUUUGCCCUGUCCUAGGCACCAGAGCCCAGCAGAACAUAAUGCUCGUUGUUUCCCAGCCCACUACAAUGGCCAGGGCAUAAUUUGUGACUCCUGUCACGGCUGGGCUGGGCGCCUGCCACUCUCUUUUUUUCUAAGGCCUCUUUGAAGAAUGAGACCAAAGAGCCUUCAAGCAGGAGUUUGUGUGUUUACUGCACUCCCCACCCCCUCACUUGCUGUUUCCUUUAGAGCUCCAAGUCAUUUUAACGAUUUAUUUCAUGCACUUUACAUAGCAAGAAGCUUUAGCAACAGCUGUGUCUAUGAAUCCUUACCAGGCAGCUCUCGGUAUAUUUUGGUCUGCCUACGUAUGGUCCCUGGCUCAGUUAAAUAAAUUCUCUGCUGGAGGAAGGGACUUUACAGCUUAGUGGCAAAGGGCUGGCGGAUGGGAAUAUCAACAAGACACUUAGUGAGCCACUGGAUCCUGGAAUGGCAGUGCCUCUGGCACAAAGCUCUGCUCCCACCAGCGCAGCUGGGGGCCAGGUCCAGCGCAGGCUCUUUGUUGCUGUCAGCAGGGACGGCGUCUCCAUCCAGCACCAGUGAUAGAACUGCAGUUAUGGGCUGAAGCUUGGGCUGGAAGUGGUUAAAGCACGUCUGGGACAGAUGCUGCCCUUGUCACGCUGCUGUCGAUCCAGGGCUCGGCUGUUAACCAUGGUGGGCUCAUUUCCAUGGGUGCCAUUUGGGAUCUGGGCAUAGAGGUGCUGCCCAAGGCUGUGUGCUCGCAGGGAGCUCAGCUGGGGUCUGCAGAGUCUUACAGCGCCAGGCAGGAUUCAGUCCAUCAGAGCAUCACAGGAUUGGGCACAAGUUUACUUUUGCAUAUGGGAUCAAAGCUUAAAAUAUCAGCUGGCCUUUCUCUCACUCCUGACUUUUCUAAAACAUCUGAACAAUUUCUUCCUUAGCUCUGUUAAAAUCAAUCAAUCUGACAUUGAAAUUGUAUGUGAAUUUGAUAAAUAAAGACAGGUUACAAAAUG